AUGGCGAUGGCACGUGGCCUCCUGGGAGGGAUGGAGCUCAGCGUCUGUAAUCAGCUGGCACUGAACUGUGUGUUACAAGCAUACCCCACUAAGGCCUUCGCGCGCGCCGCCCGCUUCCUGGCCGCCAACCUGGACGCCAGCAUCGACCCGUGCCAGGACUUCUACUCGUUUGCGUGCGGCGGCUGGCUGCGACGCCACGCCAUCCCCGACGACAAGCUCACCUAUGGCACCAUCGCGGCCAUCGGCGAGCAGAACGAGGAGCGCCUGCGGCGCCUGCUGGCGCGGCCCCAGGGAGGCCCGGGCGGCUCGGCGCAGCGCAAGGUGCGCGCCUUCUUCCGCUCGUGCCUCGACAUGCGCGAGAUCGAGCGGCUCGGGCCGCGGCCCAUGCUCGAGGUCAUCGAGGACUGCGGGGGCUGGGACCUGGGCGGCGCGGCCGAGCGCCCGGGGACGGCGGCACGCUGGGACCUCAACCGGCUGCUGUACAAGGCGCAGGGCGUGUACAGCGCGGCCGCGCUCUUCUCGCUCACCGUCAGCCUGGACGACAGGAACUCCUCGCGCUACGUCAUCCGCAUUGACCAGGAUGGGCUCACCCUGCCAGAGAGGACCCUGUACCUAGCUCAGGAUGAGGAGAGUGAAAAGGUGCCUGAGUGUGGGAUGGACCGAGGGAAGGCUGGGGCCCCAGCAGGGAUGGUCCCUGGCUAG